AUGAAGUACCAAGCUACUGUUGUCGCCCUCGCGGGCCUCGCUGCUGCUCGCGAGUUGCCCUACUCGCGCAUGACCAAGCGUGAGGUUCCGCAGGAGCACUCCCACGAGGCCAUCCUCCGUGUCACCAAUACCAACCUUCAGCUGGACAACCCUGACCAGAUCCAGGACGCUGUCUUCUCCCUUCUCGGCAACGCUGCCGCUGCCAAGGGAGCCCCCAACGUCGCCAACCUCGAUUGUCUGCAGCAGAUCGUCGCCGACCAGGCUUUCACCAACGCCAAGGCAGCUGGCGAUGUUGACGGUCAGGCCAAUGCUAUCAUGUUCCGGGCCCUCGAGAGGAACACCGGCUCUGUCGGCCUGGCCUCUGUCCUCUGCAACGAGACCGCAAAGAACCCCGAGAUCGCUGCCAUCACCCAGCACCAGGACCCUGCCUCCGCCGAGGCCUCGGGCAACAAGCAGAUCGCCCUGGACGUCGCGACCCAGCUGGCCUCCAUCGGUGCCGACCCGAACCUGGCCAUCCAGACCGGCACGUUCGCGCCUGGUGACAAGGGUGACAACACCGGCGCUGGUAACACCUGCGACGACGCCAAUGACGCCGUUGGAUGUAUCAUCUCCCAGAACCUGCUUGUUGCAGAUGUCACAGAGGAUGAGAUCAAGGCCGCCGUUGCUGGUGGUGGUGGUGCUGCCGCCGGCGCAGGUGCCGCCUCCAACGCCACCGCGGAUGCGGCAGUGUCCAACUCUACAGAUGCUGCAAGCGGCUGCACCAGGCGCCGCGUCCGCCGCCAGGCCCAGGGCAACAACGCCCAGACCUUCACUGGCAACCUCGGAGGAGCCGCCCCGGCUGUCACUGACUCCGGCGAUGCGAAGCGUCCUUUCUCUGUCAACGGGGCCACAUUCGUGAACGAGGGCGCCGCUAUCCAGCGCAGCUGCGCCGUCCAGCACAACGCCUGCGCCAACGCCGCUAACUCUGGCUCCGGUGACUUCAGCGUCUCUGACUGUGGUACUCAAGAGGACGAGUGCAACGCCGCCGCCAGCGCCAAGAAGCUCCGCAAGCUGAGGAAGCUCCGCGCCCGCCAGGCCAACAACCUGGACUUCGGCUCCUGCAGCAACCCAGCCAUCGAGUUCGCGGCUGGUCUCGACGGCCGCAAGGAGGAGUCGUUCGCGCCCGCCGACGCGGCCGACUUCAACCACGGCAGCGCGCUCAACAUCAAGGUCAUCUCCGGCUUCAUCUGCGGGCAGCUGCAGUCCAAGUGCAAGGCCUCGGCCGACACGGUCAGCGCCUGCGACGACGCGGCUACCGCCGCCGACGCCGCGACGGGCCAGGCUGCUGCUGAUGCUUUCAACUCUGCCCUGGGUGUUUCCGCCUAG